AUGGAUGCUUUGGACGGCUUGUUGCCGAGGCUACACAUCUUGCGCUGCGUGUGCGGCGGAGCAGAGCGACUCCCCUGCGCAAGCCUUCGGGCACUUGCAGCUGUUUCCAAGGGCUGGCACGAGCUGAGCCUUUAUCCGGAGAUCUUGCCCUUCGCACGGCAGCUGCGGUGCCGGUUGCUGACGUCGCAAAAUGUGUGCAAGAGGUCAGGAGAGGUGUGGCCACCUGGUGAAGGCAUGGAGGUGCACCGGACUGGGGCCUCUCAACCACUGGGCGACCACGAUAUGCUUGUCCGAUUCUUCCAUGCCUGCCUGCACCGGGAUUUUUGGGAAGCACGGCAGCUGCGACGGCAGUUGGAUGAGGCCAGAACCGUUGACGCCCUGGUUGAGCUCCUCUCCGAAUUCCGCAGCGCGCACUUUGCAAGACCUGCCGGCCCUGGCGAUGCACCACCACCUGUGUGGUGCUCCGCCGCUGCAGUACUUCCCGGCGGCCGCCUUUCUGUAGUGGGCGGUGGCUGCUACAGCUACGAGCUGGCAAACGCUCAGACGCGGAUGGUGGAAGUGCUUUGGAAUCAGCCACAUGUCUACAUCUUUGACAUCGCACAGCGGAGCUGGUCUCGUCAGCCCACGCAAGGCACACCGCCGCCCAUCGCCCACACUUAUGCAGCUGCUCACACAUUGCUGGGCGACAAGUGGGUAUUCUGGUGUGGUGGGUACUAUGGCCAGGCCUACAACACGGCCUAUAGCCUGGAUGUGCAGACAUGGACUUGGAGAGGUUUGCGGAACAGUUCGGAUCAGGUCCCCACAGCUCGCUACUUCGUGUCCUCCUUUGAGUUCAACGGCGCGCUGUAUGCGUGGGGUGGUCGAAGCUCGCAGAACACCUAUUGCGACGAUCUUUGGCGCCUCGAUCGUUCCCGAGCCCAUCAGGAUGUCAUUCACACUGAUCAAGUCCCGGCAACGGGUAGUCUUCCUCCGGCAAAGUUUGGAGCGACACUUACGAACUGUGAUGACCGCUUCGCUGUGCUUUUCGGCGGCGGCCAGUGGCAAACUGGGGGCCGCUUUCAGUCGGACGCAGACACGUUCUCGCUUGAUUUGGAAACUUUUCAGUGGACGAAGCUGGCGACCUACGGCUUGGAGCCGACGCCCCGUCUACAGCAUUCAGCCCUCAACUUGGGGGGGAACCUCGUCCUAGUCUUCGGAGGCUAUGAACCUCGCCAUCGGCGAUACCUCGGAUUGGAAAGCGCUUCCGUCCUGAACGUCCGCAGUCUGCAGUGGAUGAAGCUGCACAAAGGCCCGGUCCUCCAGGUUGGCUGCGAAGUGAAGGUGAAGAACAUUGGCGAUGGCACAAUCGACGAUGCAACGAUUGUGGGUGGACCAGUGCGGAUGCCUCACCGCGACGUCCAAGGCUGGCGCGUUCGCGACUUGGAUGAAGACGUCCACAUCGUUGCCGUGGACCAGCUGACAGAGGUGUCGGCCCCCAACCACGAUGCCUGGGAGACUGACGAGGAGUCUGCCGAGUUGAUGAACUGGCAUGCGCCUGGAUUGGACGACUUAUCCUACAUCGACAUUCAGGACGAUGAUGGCUGGGUGGUCGGCCAGUUCCCAUGCCGACGAGCAGGCAUGGCUGUGGCCCCUACCGCGGCCCGCGGCUGCCGCUCCUUCUUUAUCUUUGGUGGUGCACAGUACGUGCAUCAGGCCGGCUUUGGUGACAAAACAUGA